CCGCCCGCACUGUACCCCCCUCACCAGGCGCCGCUCCCACGCGCGGCCCGGAUUCGCUCCCGGCGGCAUAGCCGAUUCCUCUUCCUCCACCUCCUCCUCCUCCAUCAUCUCCUCCUCCUCCUCCUCCAUCACCCUCCUCCUCGUCGACGUCUUCUGCUUCUGCCUCCCUCAUCACCCACCACAUCAAAAUAAUUGCCGUCGUCGCCGUCGUCGCCCGCUCGGCCCGGACGCGGCGCAUGGGGGAGAGGAUUUGGCCUCGCGUCUCAGCCAUUGCGUGAGGGAUUUUGCGACGCCUUGGACGUGGGUUGUCUCGGCCCGCCAUCACUGUGAGGAGCACGGAUUCGGCGACCCCUGCUGACCCCUGGUGAUACCUGGUGACCCCUGGUGACCCCCGUGCCCGGCCUCACCCGGCCUUCAUGGACAAACAUAAAGUGAAGCGCCAGCGUCUCGACAGAAUCUGUGAAGGUAUCCGGCCUCCGAUCAUCAACGGCCCGAUGCAUCCGCGGCCACUGGUGGCGCUGCUCGAUGGCCGUGACUGUACGGUGGAGAUGCCCAUCCUCAAGGACGUGGCCACCGUGGCGUUCUGUGACGCCCAGUCAACGCAGGAGAUCCACGAGAAGGUGUUGAACGAGGCGGUGGCGGCGCUGAUGUAUCACACCAUCACGCUGACGCGCGAGGACCUUGAGAAGUUCAAGGCUCUGCGGAUCAUUGUGAGGAUCGGCAGCGGCUAUGACAACGUGGACGUUAAAUCGGCCGCAGAGCUCGGAAUCGCGGUGAGCAUCGUGCCGGGAGCGUGCGUGGAGGAGACUGCCGACUCGACGCUGUCGCACGUCCUCAACCUGUACCGGCGCACUGCCUGGCUGCACCAGAACCUGCGUGAGGGCACACGCGUCGCGUCCGUUGAGCAGGUGCGCGAGAUGGCAUCUGGCGCCGCGCGCAUCCGCGGGGAGACGCUUGGCAUCAUCGGCUUUGGCCGCGUGGGGCAGGCCGUGGCGCUGCGCGCGCGCGCCUUUGGCUUCAGCGUGAUGUUCUACGACCCGUACCUCGCCGACGGGGUCGAACGCUCCCUGGGCAUCCAGAGGGUGGCCACCCUACAGGACCUCUUGUACAACAGCGACUGCGUGAGCCUGCACUGCAGCCUCAACGAGCACAACCACCACCUCAUCAACGACUUCACCAUCAAGCAGAUGCGGCAGGGUGCGUUCCUGGUGAACACAGCGCGCGGGGGGCUGGUGGACGAGAAGGCGUUGGCGCUCGCGCUCAAGGAGGGCCGCAUCCGGGGAGCAGCACUCGACGUGCACGAGAUGGAGCCCUACAGCGUGAACCAGGGUCCCCUGAAGGAUGCCCCCAAUCUGCUGUGCACGCCCCACACGGCCUGGUACAGCGAGCAGGCCUCCCUGGAGAUGCGUGAGGAAGCUGCAAAGGAGGUCCGCCGGGCCAUCACCGGACGCAUCCCUGAUGCCCUCAAGAACUGUGUGAACAAGGAGUUUUUCCCGACGGCGGCGUCGCACUGGGCGCCCAUGGACCCCGGCGCUGUGCACCCCGAACUCAACGGGGCCGCGUACAGGUUUCCGGGCAGCAUGGUGGGCAUGCCCGGCGGUGUGGAUGGAAUGAUGCCCAUCACGCACGGGCUGGCGCCCGUGGUGGCGCACCCUCCGCACACCCCCUCGCCCGGCCUUGGGAAGACUGAGGCGGAGAGAGACGGGAUGGGGGGCGGCGGCGGCGGAGCCCACAACCCCAUGGGCCGCGACGGGGCAGACGACGGCCGGGGGAAAUAGCCCCCCCGCCCUCCACUCCCCUGGUCGGCCGGGGGUCCCCUCCCUCUGCUGCCCAGCAGGAUGGUGCCGCGGGUGGGAGGAAGGGGGCGUAGGGCUGGCUGGGGGGGGCAGUGGGUGCAUGCGUGUGGGUGAGGGGGGGGGGGGCCGUGAGCAGAGCCGGACGCGUCCCGGCGUGCGCGCGCGCGUCCGUGUGUGUGUGUGUGUGUGCGCGUGUGUGUGUGCGUGUGCGCGUGCGUAUCCGUGCCCGUCGAGAGAGCGCGCAGUAAUGCACGUCACGUCCCGUGCGUCCGUUUUAACCCUUCCGCUGGCCACGCAGAGCCGGCAUGGCGUGAUGAAUGUCCACGUUUGGCUAAACGUAGAUGGAACCGCGUCCUGUCCUCGUUUCAUCACAGAACAUUCGAGGAGACGGCGGAGGCGGCGGCGCGCUCUCUCCGAAUCCCCGCGUGUGCCGGAGUAGAGAGGCCGUGUUGUUUACUGCCGCUUGUUGAGGCGCGAGGCCCUCGGCUCUGGGUUUCCCCGGCAACAGAACAGCGCUGAUGUGUAAACCAGUCAAACAACACGAGGACGUUUAUAAAAAAAACACUUUAUACAUUUCUCGUGUUUGAAUGUGCUUCUUUUUGACAGACGUUAUCGUGAUUGCCCAGCGAGGGUUCGGAACCAGUUACAAAUUAUAUACCGUGGGUGAUAAGUGGACAUCGUGAUGUCAAAUGAUCCAUAAUCAGGCCCGACCUCUCCCGCGACCCCGUGGGACGCGGGAGGCUCCUGAACUUGCGCCGGGAGCAGUGGGCGGCGCUAACGAUGGUAAUUUUCCAAAAUUGGCCUCGUGGCGUGAACUCUUAAACAACAUAAGCUCUGCCGCCUUUGGCUGCUGCUGGUGCCGGUGAUGCCCAUUGUGUCGAGGGUAGGCAGGUGGGUGUUGGGGUAAGUCUGGCCAGGGUGUCCUUCCGGGUCAUAUGCCCCCUGGAGGGGCAUGACGCCACGCCUCUGGGAGCAAAUAGAAUUCCCCUCCUGCGGUAGAGAUGAAAAGAGCGAUGAGCGCACAACUGCGGUGAAUGUGGGAGGGUGGAUUGAGACGGGGGGGGGGGGUCACAUUUUGCUCGGUGAAGCAAAGUCCGUGGUGACAAAGGUGGUCGAGGCUGAAUCACAUUUUAAACGCGGAGCGACGAGGGUGCACAGCUUCGAACGGUGGCCUGGAGUGGGGGGGGGCAUGCAUCCCUGGCGUGGGAAGAGAGUUGCGGGCGCCACCCGAGGGCACCGAGAGAGAGGCCACAGCUGCGAGUGCUCGGACGUCCUCUCAGUUUGGGCAGCGUUCAAAUGCCCAUUUAGUCAUGCCAUGACCCAGAGCCCUGACCUUGACCCUGAUCGGCCACCAGGUUCCGCGUCGGAUGGGAUCGGCGAGUGGGAAGAGUGAGCACGUGGGGCAGAAAAUGCGGAUUUAUUCCUGAUAUUUAUUAGACGCAAUGGGUUAAAGCGUACAAUGUUAAACGUUGAUUAUGUAACGCAUUAGCAUAGCUGUUUGUAUUUUUUUUAUUCGUUUUCUUCCACAAGCGGGCUACGGUGUCUACGGGGUUCUCCGUGUCGAAACAAAGGGGUGAGGAGUUUAGGACCCCCCGACCUUUCCCCCCCCUACAACCCCUGGGCUGGGUUUUCUCCCGGUGUGCGGAAAGUUUCAAAGCUCGUCCUUCCAGGGAAUGCUAAUCACUGCACAGGCACGGACGGUCAGCGCACCGAACCCCCAUGUGCAUGCGGGACACCCGGAGAUCAUUCCUCUGCAGCAGUGGGGGUCACCGGGGGUCACCUUGUCCUGGCACAAAUCAAACUGGUGUGGGGGGGGGCCCUCCAACCCCAGUGUACUUGGGGUGGGAUGCCCCCCCCCCCACCCACCUUUCAUUUCUUGGUUAAGUCUGAGCCGGUGUCACGGACCGUGCGUAGCAAGAUCUUCUCUAUUCCCUUUCCCCAACACCCUCGUCAGAGUGAUAGGGAUGGGGGUUGUACGCCCUCUAGCUUCUUACAGUGGGGGGCCUCCUCGGGGGGGUAGGGGGUUCGAGGGGUCCCAGACUCCACUCAACGUUCGUGGGUCCGGAAAGGCCCAGCUCCUCGCGCCGCCUGCAUCGCUGUCUCACCACCAUCGCCACCAUCACCACCACCAUCACCACCACCAUCAUCAUCAUGAUUAUUAUUGGGCCGUGAGGUUGUGAACUUUGUACUAGUUGUGUUAGUUUUAACAAUUAAGGUUAUUAGUCAUGUGUUUUACGCAUUUUGUGGACUUUAUAGCUGUAGGGAAGUUCCCUAAAUCACUGUGACUUGUAUAUUACCUUUAAAGGAAAUUAAAAAAAAAAUUAUUAAAAAAGCC